AACCCAUUCCUCUCAAAACAAAUAUUUCAUCUUUUCCAGGAAUUUUGAUACGAAAAAAAUUUCUUUUGAUUUCAUUUGCUUCAUUCGGUUGUUGAGAAAAUGGAGAUUGUAACUUUGACAGGGUUACUGAAGAAGGCAGGGACGGAGUUCCCGAGCAGGAGAGCUUUAUCCGUUUCCGGUAAAUUCGAUUUGACACAUGCUCAAUUGCAACAACUCAUCGAUCACGCCGCCUCUCUCCUCAUUGCCUCCGGCAUCAAGCCCGGCGAUGUCGUCGCUCUUUCUUUCCCAAACACCGUCGAGUUUGUGAUAAUGUUCUUGGCUGUAAUUCGCUGUCGAGCGACUGCGGCGCCGUUAAACUCGGCUUACACCGCGGAGGAAUUCGAGUUCUACCUUUCUGACUCAGAAUCCAAACUUUUAUUAGUCCCAGCCGAAGGCAUCAAGUCGGCUCAAGCUGCCGCUUCCAAGCUCAACAUCCCCCACGUGUCCGCCACUCUCAAAGACGAAAAUUCUAAAGUAACUCUUUCCUCUGACCCCGACUCACAUCUUGACUCAGUCCACCAACUCGUUAACGACCCUGCUGACGUCUCACUUUUUCUCCACACUUCCGGGACCACCAGCCGCCCCAAGGGUGUCCCUCUGACUCAGCUCAAUCUAGCCACCUCUGUUUUGAACAUUAAAACGGUUUAUAAACUCACUGAGUCUGACUCGACCGUCAUCGUUCUCCCGUUAUUCCACGUGCAUGGCUUGUUGGCUGGCUUACUGAGUUCACUGGUUUCAGGAGCCGCUGUGGCUCUCCCAGCAGCUGGGAGAUUCUCGGCUUCUACAUUUUGGACGGACAUGAUUAAGUAUAAUGCCACGUGGUACACUGCUGUCCCCACGAUACACCAGAUCAUAUUGGAUCGCCACGAGAGCAAGCCCGAGCCGGCUUACCCCAAGCUGAGGUUUAUUAGGAGCUGCAGCGCAUCGUUGGCACCGAGUGUAUUGGCUCGGCUAGAGGCGGCAUUUGACGCACCGGUGCUAGAGGCUUACGCCAUGACGGAGGCCUCUCAUCUCAUGGCUUCAAACCCGUUACCCGAAUGUGGCCCGCACAAGGCCGGCUCUGUUGGGAAGCCUGUUGGGCAAGAAAUGGCUAUUUUGAAUGAACAAGGGGAAAUUCAGCCACGCAACGCUAAUGGGGAGGUUUGCAUUAGGGGAUUAAAUGUGACAAAGGGUUAUAAGAACAAUCCUGAGGCUAAUAAAUCAGCUUUUCUAUUUGGUUGGUUCCACACUGGGGAUAUCGGGUUUUUCGAUUCGGAUGGAUACUUGCAUCUCGUGGGUAGGAUCAAGGAGCUCAUCAAUCGUGGAGGUGAGAAAAUAUCACCAAUUGAAGUGGAUGCAGUGCUAUUGUCUCAUCCUAAUGUUGCACAAGCGGUUGCCUUUGGUGUCCCAGAUGAGAAAUAUGGAGAAGAGAUAAAUUGUGCAGUGAUCCCAAGGGAAGGAGUAAGCUUGGAAGAGGCUGAAAUUUCGCAAUAUUGCAAGAAGAACCUUGCAAGUUUCAAAGUCCCCAAGAAGGUUUUCAUCACUGAUUCCUUGCCCAAAACUGCUACUGGGAAAAUCCAACGGCGGAUUGUAGCAGAGCAUUUUUUGUCUCAAAUGUCCGCUGCCAAAGUUCCCAAAUUCGGAGCUUAGUUCAGCAAUGCUCCCUACAUUUAUCGUUUGCUUCGAACUUCUUUGGAGCUUUGCCUGUUGGGCAAUGGCCAGGUUACUUAGUUACAGAGUUAAGUGGCUGUAGUUUUCUUUUUCCUUUUCUUCUUAGAGUUAAAAGUUGAUUUUUAUAACAGACAGAUGACAUGUAAUUCUGAUUUCAAAUUAUUUAGAUGUCCACAGUUAAUAAAUACUUUGAUAUAGUCCUUUUUUCAUUAA